AUGGAUAUUGCAACAGGUCUGGUGUCGCUGGAGCGCCUCUCCGCGAGAGACCAGUCCGAGACGUGCAUCAUGCUGGACGGCAUUAAAAUUGAAGACCAUCCCCUGCGAUCGGGACACGCAACGCUCGGAGUCCUGCUCGGGACCGACUGUCACCAUCCGUCCGCGUGUGAAGGGUGCCAGCGUCCCAUCUCCGACCGCUUCUUGAUGAGAGUCAACGACUCCUCGUGGCACGAGGAGUGUUUGCAAUGCACCGUGUGUCAACAGCCCCUCACCACCAGCUGCUACUUCAGAGAAAGGAAACUUUACUGCAAACACGACUACCAACAAUUGUUUGCUACCAAGUGCAGCGGCUGCAUGGAAAAAAUUGCCCCCACAGAGUUUGUGAUGCGCGCCCUGGAGUGCGUCUACCACCUGAACUGCUUCUGCUGCUGCGUGUGCGACCGGCAGCUGAGGAAGGGCGACGAGUUUGUCCUGAAGGAGGGUCAGCUGCUGUGCAAGAUCGACUAUGAGAGGGAGAAGGACUUACUCAGCUCGGUUAGCCCGGAUGACUCAGACUCAGAGAAAAGCGACGAUGAGGAGUUGGAUAUCAAGCCGGAGAAAGGCAUAGGAGGCCAGGGGAAGGGGGAUGAUGGGAAGGAUCCCAGGAGGCCCAAAAGACCACGCACCAUCCUGACCACUCAACAGAGACGGGCCUUUAAGGCCUCCUUUGAGGUGUCUUCAAAACCCUGCAGAAAGGUGAGGGAGACGCUGGCUGCAGAGACGGGACUCAGUGUUCGGGUGGUGCAGGUGUGGUUUCAGAACCAGAGGGCUAAGAUGAAGAAGUUGGCAAGAAGACAGCAGCAACAACAAGAACAACAGAAUUCUCAGAGACUUGGCCAAGGUACGAGACUGUACUUACCCUGCACACACAAUGGAAGAUCAUUGUCUCAAGAGGUGAUGUCCAAUCGGAUGGAGGGGAUGAUGAACUCCUUCACACCGCUGGCUCCGCCGCAGCAGCAGCUGGUCGCCAUGGAUCAGAACGGUUACAGUACAGACCCGUUCCAACAGGGACUCACCCCCCCACAGAUGCCCGGGGACCACAUGAACCCAUAUGGUAAUGAUUCUGCAUUCCAUGACAUAGACAGCGACACGUCUUUAACCAGCCUCAGCGACUGCUUCAUGGCUUCGUCGGAUGUCAACUCCAUGCAGGCCCGCGUGGGGAACCCCAUCGACCGCCUCUACUCCAUGCAGAACUCUUACUUUGCAUCAUGA